AUGUACGGAAAUGUUGGCCUUUUCCAUGGAGUGCAUGACCAUAAUUACUAUGAUAUUACUCAUUCGUUCAAGGUCGAUUCAUUUACUUAUCACGUUUUAGGACUUCGCAAAGAUCGUCCAUCAUAUGCAAGCACUUAUUAUAUUUUUAAUUGUCCUGAUUGUACAGAAGAACGACCUAAUAUUGUUCCACUAUCAAAAAAAUCGUCACAUUUUGACCGUAUUUCGGCGAUGCAACAGGCUAGUAAAUCAAAGGGUGCUAUAAAUCGUGCUCGUCCUAGUUCCGUAACCCCAAGGAAAGUUGAGCGUGAGACGAUAUCUAUCGAACAAUCAAUAGCUCAAAUGAUGAAAACUGAACGUCAAUCACUGGUCAAAUCGUUGCGCAAAACGAUCAAAGCAGAAAAUGAAACAUUACUUCAAUCUAUUAAAGAAUCGUCCAAGAAAACUGAGGAAACAACAGUAGUUGAUGAGAAAAUAAGUACUCUCCUUGAAACCGAACAUCAGACAAUGGUCGAAUCGUUUCGUCGAGAAUUGAAGGCAGAGAAUGAAUUACUAAUUCAAUCAAUCAAAGUAGAAGAACAACACUUGGUACAAGAAUCAACGAAAUCUAUGGUUACGAAAGAUGAACUAGUUCGUCUGUUCGAAGAGCAGAAACAGUCGAUUGAAAGUAUCUACGAAAGACAAAUAAGAACUAUUGAUUCUUCUGUUGAUCGUAUUUCGGAAACUGUAACACAAUUGGUCAACAAUAAACAGGAAUCAUUGCCAGCGCUGAAUCAAUUUCAGCUUACAAUGAUUCAAACAAUUGAAAAAGAAGUACAACGGACUUUAUCGAAAACUAUUGAAAAAUUCGAGUCGAUGACUCUUUCAAUUACCCAGUUGAAGCACACUAUCGAACAGAGGACUGAAAACAAGGCUACUAUCAUAACAAGAGAUGAAACUGAUGCAUUAAAUCGUUUGUUCGUUGAACAGAAAAAUUUUCUUAUCGAUACAAUUGAACAACAGCAGACGCUCUGGAGUGAACAUUUACAACGUAUCCUUCGUCAAAUAUUCAUCGAGCAAACAUGGUCAUCAUUGGUUGCCAAAUCAGAAAGUACGGUUGCGACUGAUAUCAAAAACACCGCUCAAACAACUAUCAACAUGAACAUACAGCAGUUGGAAUCGAUUAGCCAGAAUGUCGCUGUCGAGAGCCAGCAUAGUUUGCCGAACAAAAAAGCAGCCGAUGGUUCGUUCGGUAUCAAUCAGGAUUCAUUUAAUUCACCAGAUCGACAUCUACUCAAAGUGUCGAUAAAAACACCAGAACCUGUUCAUGUAUUUGCUAAAUUUUACAUUGCCGGUAUUGAAUAUCCAGAAAAGUCUCAUACACUCUGUCAGCCGGAUCCUAUGCAUUCCGAUCAAGUCACCUGCUAUGUCGCUCCGCCAACUGUAGAUGGGCCCUACAAUGUGAUUAUCUAUGCCAAAACCAAUACGGAAACGGAAUAUCGAGCAGCGAUGUCUUUACGAUUACCGGGACCGAACAUAUCUCAAACCAUUUUAUUUCCGUAUACGUUUCCAUCGUUUGAAUUACAGCGAUGUACUUUAAUUCAACCUUUACAAAGUUUUUUGCGACACAAUACAAUGGCAUUCAUACACAUGGUCAUACCUGAUGCACGUGAGGUAAAAAUACAAAAUGGAAACAAUGUUAUUCUGCUGAAUGAAAAUGAAUACAGCCAAGGAAUACUGCGAAAACAAAUCGAAGUUCGUGGUGAUGUCUAUGUUUACGGGCAAUGGAAGAAUAAAACUGAUUCGCCUAUUUGUUUCUUUUAUGUCAUCUAA